UCCACCUAAGGAGUUCCAAAAUCGGAGUGGGGCCCAAAAUGGUGGGCCCCACUCCGAUUUCAAUUAAAAUGAGCUCAGCAGCUUCCCCUGAUGCUACCAUUGCUUUUUUUUUCAUUUCUAAAAAGUGGCCCGUAAGGUAGCAAAAAGUGGGUAUGUGUGUGAAGGUGUGUAUCGUCCAGCCUUUUUGUACCGGAAGUCAGGAUAUACACUUCCCGCGAAAUCGAAUACACACCGCGGGAAUCUGAAACCUUUGGCCAAUGAAAUUACUGCACUGUACAAUCAGCCGCGAAUGUAAGGAAAACUGCGGAAAUUGCACAAGAAGAAGAAGUAGAUGAAGAAGAAGACUUCAAGGAUAGAAGAUUGAAGACAGAAGAAGACGGAGUGGUUGGACAUCUGAAUAUUUUUACAAAUACCGACCUCUUCAUGCAACAGAACCAUUAUGUCCACAAGGAGGAGGAGGAAAAAGCCUAUAGACGAUGCAAAGACAUACAUUCUGUCUUGCACUGACAAGGAUGGGUUUAUGCCGAGAUUCAUUGACCGUUACAAAGGAAGAGGAGUGUUUGCCACACAACCCAUUGAACCCGGGGACUUCGUGUUGGAGUACAGGGGUAAACUCCUCACACAGGAGGAAUGCAAGUCAAGAAAAUACUCAGAGAUUGAAAGCACAUUUCUCUUUGACUUUCAGUGGCAGAAUCAUCACUUAUGCCUGGAUGCAUCUGAAGAAGAUUUAUCUCUCGGAAGAUUGGUCAAUGACAACCACCAAAAUCCAAAUUGCGUUAUGAAAAAAAUCAUAGUUGACAACAAACCACAUUUGUGCCUUUUUUCUCUGAAGAAAAUAGAAAUAGGAGAUGAAAUUGAUUACAACUAUGGUGAUUCAAAAUGGCCUUGGCGCUGUAAGUUGAAAAAAACCCAAGCUCCAGCCGCAGCAGAAGAGAAUGAGACUAGCCCUGUUCCUCAGAUGCUGAAUGAUAGACCUAACCCAGAUCAGACCUGCACACAGGUGAAAGGCCUUCAGACUCCUGCUGCAGCAGAAGAGAAUGAGACCAGCCCUGUUCCUCAGAUGCUUAACGAUAGACCUAACCCAGAUCAGACCUGCACACAGGUGAAAGGCCUUCAGACUCCUGCUGCAGCAGAAGAGAAUGAGACCAGCCCUGUUCCUCAGAUGCUUAACGAUAGACCUAACCCAGAUCAGACCUGCACACAGGUGAAAGGCCUUCAGACUCCUGCUGCAGCAGAAGAGAAUGAGACCAGCCCUGUUCCUCAGAUGCUUAACGAUAGACCUAACCCAGAUCAGACCUGCACACAGGUGAAAGGCCUUCAGACUCCUGCUGCAGCAGAAGAGAAUGAGACCAGCCCUGUUCCUCAGAUGCUUAACGAUAGACCUAACCCAGAUCAGACCUGCACACAGGUAUUUACUGUCCAAGGAUUUUCACUGGUUGAUUAUCCAGAUAGUGAUGAAACUGAUGAGGAUGGUAUGGAAAACGAACCUCCCACCCCACACCUGGAUGUUAUUAUAGGGCAGAAUGAUAUUGGCCCAGAUGUUUCAGAUCAUUUGUACGAUUCAGAUGAAACUGUUGUGAAAGAAACUUGUGAUGAGGCUUCUCCAAGCAACCAUUCCAACAAUCAAUCGGAUGAUGAACUUGUUCCACCACUGAGACGCACAAAAAGCAUUCUGAUGGAUAGAGUACAAGAUUUUACCCACAGUCUCUAUGAUUCAAGUAGUGACAGCGCAGAGGAGACUCCUUUUAAGUCUGAAAGGGAUUCACAGAAACUGAGAAGAAGGUCUUGCCGUCCCGAAGUUUGUCCAGAAAAUGUCAAGACACUUGUGGCGUAAACACCAAGAUGAAUCGGAUGUUGCGAAAGCAUUCAGUUUUCCAAAAAACUCAAAGGAAAGAAAACUACAAUUGGACUACAUACGAAAUAAGGGAAACUUUGAGCACAACAGUCAUGUUUUGGAAACACAAAAAGGAAAACUAAUCCCAUGUAAACAACCGGGAAAAAAAUCAGAGGGACAUAAAUUUGCACAUUGCAUUCACUGCUAUGGGUUGUUCUCAAGAAGAGCAAUGUGGCGGCAUUUCAAGGUCUGCAGCUUCAAACCCGAAAGUACUAAACCAGGUAAAAAUAGAGUUCAGGCAUUGUGUGCUUUCGCUGAACCUUCUCCAUCGGAAUAUACAGACGCGUAUUGGAAGUUCUUGAGUGUAAUGAGUCAGGACAAGAUUGCAGUUGCAAUUAAAGGAGACAACUGCAUCCUCAAUUAUGGGUUCAGGUUGUUCAAAAAGAAUGAGAAGAUAGUGAGUCAACACCAGUAUAUACGCCAAAAACUGAGAGAACUUGGCAGGCUUUUAUUGGAAGCUAAAAAAAUCACACAUGUGAAGACCAUUCAAGAACUCAUCAAACCUGAACAGUACUCCCAGGUUGUCAGAGCUGCAAAGAACCUAUCUGGAUUCAGUGAGGAAAGUGGCAUAUACCAAUGUCCCUCUCUUGCACGCAAGGUAGGACACAGCCUGCAUUCGUUGGCUAUGUUUAUCAAGUCCGAAGGACUGAAAAAGAAAGAUAAAGAAACCAUAAAAGAUGCUGAGGAGUUCGCACAGUUGUAUUUAGAGAGUUGGAGGUUUGAUAUUGCAGGCCAGGCAUUAACCCAGCUUAACCGGGCCAAAUGGAAUGCACCGCAACUUUUACCUCUUACACAAGAUAUCCAAA